AUGGAUGGCUUGCGCGAGGGAUCACCUCUAACUGUACAUGGUGCUGCCCUGAUCGAGAAGGUGUUUGAGAAGACCCCAGCUCUUCCUAGAUCUCAGCUGACCCUCGAUGCUCUCACAGAGCUCAUGCCAUUGUUGUUUACACAAGAUCACGACGCUCUUCCAGAGUUUGCCGAGCCAGUGCCAAACGUGACAGCAAUCGUGGGCCGCAGUGUGAAGCUGCCCUGUGUGGUAAACAACUUGGGCCACUACGGUUUCCAUCUAGAUCACGACGCUCUUCCAGAGUUUGCCGAGCCAGUGCCAAACGUGACAGCAAUCGUGGGCCGCAGUGUGAAGCUGCCCUGUGUGGUAAACAACUUGGGCCACUACAGGGUUGCAUGGUUGCGAGUGGAGAGCAAGACGAUCUUGACGAUCCACAAGAGCGUCAUCACGCAGAACUAUCGCGUCCACCUCAGCCCGUCGGACCGAACCUGGCUCUUGAUUAUCGACAGCGUCCAAGAGUCGGACCGCGGUGGUUACAUGUGUCAGGUCAACACGGUGCCCAUGCACAGCCAAGUAGGAUACCUCGAUGUGCUCGUGCCUCCUGACAUCGUGGAUAGCGAGAGCAGCUCUGACGUGCUGGUGCGUGAGGGUUCCAACGUGACGCUCUCUUGCCGAGCCAAGGGCUACCCGGCACCUCGUAUCACCUGGCGACGGGAGGACGGAACGCCUAUCGCCGUGGGAAACUGGCAGGAACAGCUAGGGUCUACUGCCACUGAUAAUGUCUCCUAUGAGGGCGAAGAGCUCAGCAUCACCAAAGUGAGCCGUCUUCACAUGGGACCCUACCUGUGCAUCGCCUCCAAUGGUGUCCCAUCUCCCGUCAGCAGGAGGAUACUCCUACAAGUACACUUUCCUCCCAUGAUCUGGAUUCCUAACCAACUGAUUGGAGCUCCACUAGGCGGCGAAGUUGUGAUGGACUGCAACACCGAGGCGUUCCCCAUGUCCAUCAACUACUGGACCCUGGAGAGCGGUGACCUCAUCGCUGAGUCGGCGAAGUACUCGCUGAACCGCACAGAGAACGUGUACAAAGUGCACAUGCGACUUCGUAUUCGCCGUAUUGUCCCGGAGGAUUUCGGCGCUUACCGGUGCUUUGCGAAGAACUCACUGGGCUCCACAGAGGGAUCUAUUCGUCUUUACGAGAUUCACAUACCGCCACCUUCGAAGGUGAAGGAACCCUCAACAGCGAGGAUACAAAGCAUUGAAGAAAGCAAAAUGGAGGUUCCUCGUGACUCUAUAACAAAGCAACGCAGCUAUCCUGCCAGGCCACCACUGACCGGGCCACCAGCCAAAACGCAGGGCUCACUGCCUUAG